AUAACGAAAGUUUGAUAACAUUACUGCAUGACGUGAAAUUAUGGUGCGUAAAAAGAAUGAUUCGAUUUGAAAUUAUGUAAUUAACUAUUUCAACAGUCGAAGAAUUAAUUAGAAAGAUGUGAUUCAACGUUGGACGUUCGUAUUCGUUAAUUGUGGCAUCGUAACGUUGAUAUUAGUGGCGGAAUGACCGCUUUAAAUAAGCUAAAUCGAGCCUUAGAUGCUCUGAAAAAAGUCAUCGCUAAACCACCAGAAUUCAACAAGCAAAAGGAAAAAGUCAGUUUAUGUUUAACAAUCACUGAUUUAGUUUGCAAAUCGAAUGAGAAAAGUGCUUUGCUUACGUUUACCGUUUCAUCUUUAAUACAACUUUUAGAAGAUGCUGAUUCUAAUACUCGUCUCAUCAUCGACGAAAGUCUUAAUAAAAUCAUUCGAGCUUCUAUGGAUAACUCCAACUAUGUCGCCAAAGUCUUAAUAGCUUUGUUGAAAGUACUGGGUAAAAGUACCCACGAAAAGUGUUUGAAAGCUGCAUUAUGGAGGUUUUCAGAACUGGCUCAGUUCGUCAGGCCACAAAAAGGUAAAAUAUACGUUCAAACCCUGGUGCCGAUUAUAAGUAAAAUAGCUGCUAGAAAAGACGUGUCUAUUGUGGAAACACUGGCCGAAUCUCUUCCCAAUAUUUUCAAACAUAUCGGAUUAUUUAGUUCCGAUAAUGAUAUCAAAAAUCUAUUGAAAGCUUUUGUGAAGAAUUUACAUUCAGAAUCGCCGGAAAUUCGCAGAGCUGCUGCAGUUAGCAUAAUUGCAAUAUGUAAACAUUCCAGACAACCGGAAUACUUUUUUACGUACAUUUUGACUGCAGUUCUUGAUUUGCUUUGCGAUUGUCAGAAAUCAGAUAAGGAAUGUCGAAAUCUUAUUCAAGGUUGUCUAUCCUGUAUUAGGAAUAUAUUACCUCAUGUUUCCAACCCGAAGUUUAAUAUAAACAAUUGCACUGGCUGCGAACAUCUGAUACAAGUGUACGAACUCUGCUUGCAAUAUGCGAAAUACCACGAUCAUAAUGUGAUUACCGCCGCAUUAGAAACGCUGAACGAGCUUUUACAAGAAGCCUCACCGUUGUUGAUUCGUAGGUUGACGACCAAAGGAGGCUUAACAGCGUCGACAAUUCGCAAACGUAACGAUCUAGGAUCGACGUUAUCUUUAGGAGGUGAAAGUGAUAUAAUGAGUAUAGGAAGCACAAUAGCUCGUACAGACGAUGGAGCUUUCAUCGACUCGGUAGCUGGUAAAAGAACACCGCUGUUUAGUUCCAAUAGCGGAAGCUGCACCGAUUUGAAUUUCGAGCUGAAACAAAGAACUGAGCAAUGGAUUCACGAACAUCCCAGUAAAGAAAACGAAUCGAUUUCUUCUUCUUUGUUGAAUAUCAAUACUAGUCAUUUUGCUAAUAGCGACGAAGAAGAUACAAAUAACGAGGUCGAUUCAAGAUUGGUAAGCUCGUUUCGAGCUACCUCUUUGGAUGAUAUUCAAAUGCAACAAUUCAACGAUCAUAACACAAGGCAACGAUUUCCUCGAGAGAAAAGUGUCAGUAUUUCGAUGAUUUCGAACGCUUCGUCGUCGAAUUCUUUAUCUAUCGAUUUCGAUAUAGGAGAAGUAGUUGAUGAUACCGAGAUGCCUUUGCAUUAUUGCGCCAGAUUCCUUAUUUCAGCGUUUCUACUUGAAAAUAAAACUUCGAAAAAGGUUCGAGUUAGCGUGCUUUCCUUGACAUUAAAUUGCUUCGCUCAGAUACUCAGAAUUAAUCCUCAAAUUGCUAAUAUCUCCGUUGAAAGAAAUGGUUCAACUUGCGAAGGAUUUAGCAAUCUAAUACAAGUUGUGCUGUCUUAUGGGUCUCACGAAGAUCAACAAGUGCGAGGAUUAGUUUGCGUAGUCAUCGGGAAUUUCAUCUUAUCGUCGUUGAUCCAAAAUAACUAUCUUAUAAAUGAAUCCGAUCAUUUAAAUGAAUCAUUUUUGAACGAAUUGAUUGGGUACCUUUUAAAAGGGUUAGAAGACGAGUCGUCGGUGUGUGUUAAGCAUACUUUGCAAGCAAUUUCUUUAUGUGUGCAUUCGUUGCUGUUAAGUUCUGCGUAUAAAUCAACGAUACCGGUGCUAGAGGCUGUGUUUACUCUCGUUGAUAAUCCAUACUGGCUGAUUAAAGUUAAAAUCUUGGAAAUUUUGGAAGAAGUAUCAUUCGAGCUGUUGUACUACGUUGGCGAUAAUACAACUUCGUAUCAAGAUAGAAGUUUUAGAAAAGUUAUCAUAACGUUACUUGGCGAUAUCGACGGACGAGUUAGAACUGCUGCUGCUUCUUGUUUAGUCAAAUUUGUCAAAUCAGCGUAUUACCCACUGGAUCACAAACACGAACCAGUCAGCAUUACUUUCGGCAAGAAGUUGAAUUCCGAACUCAGCAUACCUUUCGAUAGCGCUAACAAGUCAUCUGAACCGCUGGAACGUUCCCUUACCAGAACACUUUACAAAAUGCAAGAAAUGCUGAAAACGCCGUCAUCGAAACACGCCAUGGCUGGCGUUGUCGAGGCGAUGUCUGUGCUGGCUGCUGCGUUUCCACCGGUCACGUUUGCCAAAAGUUGGCAGUGUCGAGGAGUUGGAGGUGAACCGGGUUGCCUGUCUUUUGAAUUAUUUGAAACGAUCGUGCAGUUAUUAACCAGUUCUACAUUGCUGUUAAAUUUCGACGUACAUUUGCAACUUUUGAGGUUGAGUUCGCAAGUGUUUGUUGCUUUGUGUUCAUCAAAUUUGAAAUUGAAGAAGUUUUCUGAUAUCGAAUUAGAAAGUAUCGAUAUGUGGUCUUUUCUGUCGAGUCAGAAAUUGAAGGAUUUAUCUGAGCAAUAUUUAUUACACCUGAUUCGCGUAGCAAGCGUUUUCAACGACGUUGUAACCAAUAUCACGAUUAAAUCGCCUGUUUCUUUGAAUACGUCUUCCCAGGUCGUGUGGCCUCUUCCCAUCGACCAACCCAUGUUACCAAAACAAGAAGCUUUUUCGUUUUGUACUCAGACUAAUGCUAAAAGUAAAUCAUUUUUUAAACUCGAAGAAAAACCUAUAUCGCUGGUGAAUUAUGGUCGAUUACCUCUGUACGUGAAAUUAGCCGAAUUGUUGAAAUCUGCGUUCAAUAAUUACCGGGUAACAUUAAAACCGGAAUCGAGCGAAAAAUUCAUCACUUUUAUGAAAACAGUGGUCGACUCGAUCGGUAUUACGUUGAAUUACACCACCAUCUCGGAAACAGACCGAAUUUCCAAAGAUUUGCUAUCUUUUUUGCGCAAUUUUAUGGUAUUUAUACCAGUAUCCAGUGUUAAAUGCGUCGUACAACUUCUACGUAGUGUAUUUGGCAUCAACGAAGUCGCUGAAAAGUUACAAGAUAUGGAGAACGGCAAAAAAAUCAAUUCAAUGAAGCCGGAAUCAUCUGAAGGGUUCUUUAAAACUUGCAUUCAAUCUCCAUACGAUCGAAUUGCGAAUUUUUGCUCGCAUCAGUCUCAAAAGAACGUGAAAAGUCGAUCGUCUAAACGUAAAAAUUCCAAAGAUAAUUCGAGUAGCUCUGUUGUAAAACAACCUCAACGAAAUGUGACCGUUAAUAUGUUACCAUCGUAUAUAAAUUGCUUCGAACCCAGUGUUAUUCAAUCUCUGAGACAAUAUACUGUGAGCAGCGAUACCGAGUUGCAAGCAGAAGUCUUGGGUUUAUUAACGGAGCUGGUUCAGUUGAAAACAAAUUAUUGCCUUCUGGAUUCCGAACAAGUGUUCAUUAAAUUCGUCUUGAGCCAGUUUCAGCUCAUAGAAGAAGGACAAUUAUUAAAUAUUGAAAACUUAUUACCGAAAAUGUUUGGAUUUCUGAUCAAUUUGGCUAACGAGAAACAUUCCAAACCAGUCAUGUCUGUUCCUAAAGUAAUCCAGUUGUGCGAUUCGUUGAUCGCCAGUGGUCAAGCUAUAUCACAUUGUAUUCUGGCUAUCGAACCAGUUGUUGAACAUGUCUUCCUCAGGUAUUCACCCGGUUCAAAUGCGACUGAAAUUAAAGAAUUGGAAACUCAGCGAGAUGUAUUAUUUACCAUGCUUUUAAGACUGAUACACGAUCCAAGAAGUUUACGUUUAAUAGCUGUGGUAUUGAACGACUCCGAUGAAGAAUCGAAACUCAGAAGAUCGUGUCAAGUAGUGGAGACAUUUUUCAACGCUUUAAUCGAAGGUGGCAUACCCAUCGACGAUGAUAAAUCGUACACCAACCUCACAAAUUUAUUGUUCGCAUUACACCCUUCCUCGUUUACUGAACAGCACAUUUUGAAUGUGUUAUUUACGGUUUACAUUAAUCAUAAGGCUGAUAUUGCAUUGUUACCGAGUAUUUGUGCUGUGUUAAUGCGUAUAGUGGCGAAUUACAGUGAAGCUGUUUUAUUGAAGGCGGUGGAACAGAUGCUCAGCCAUGCUGUUUUUAUUGACGACGAUGAUACGGAUCCUUUAUUUAUCAAUGUAACCAAAGAUGCGGAAGUUGUGCCGGAAAAGGCCUUCGUUCGGUUUUUAUGCAAAGUAAUCUAUAAAAUUUUUCAACGUAUUAAUGAUACGAAGCUGUUGAAUGAUCAACACCAUGGAAAUAAAAUAUGGACGAAUAAGAUUUUAUCAGAAUUUGUUCUGAUAAUUUCAUUUUUAAUUAAAUCAGGAAAAUACGAAUCAAUCAAAAACGAACUAAUGCUUUGCGAAUAUCCGAACGAAAAUGGAAAAAAGUUCUGUCUAGAGAUAGCUGAUUUAUGCAAUUGUCUUCUAGUCGCUUGUCCAAUAAUUGUUCUUCGAUGGUACGAGUUGUUAUUGAUUUUAAAAAGCUCCAGUCCACCGUUAUGGGGUGAUUUUCUUCAAAGUAACGUCGAAUGUGAUACUUUUGGAUCCGGCACAACGACAGGGUUCAGUGAUCAACAAGAAGAAAAAUGUUGUCUGAGCGUUGAUGUCGUUAAAUUAGGCGUAUUUUUAUUGGCAUCUUUGCGUAAACACGAAAUUUUGAGCAAUGCCCAAACAUACAGAGCGUUCCUAGAAUUCAAUUUCAAGCAAUAUUUAAUCUCGAUCGCAGAACCACCCGUUCAACAGCUUCAAAUAGAAGUGCAAUCUUCACUCGCUGCUAGUGAUAUCCUGUUACAAGUUAUUCAAAACAUGUUACCAUUAAUUUUAAACGAUAAUACCUGGUUGAAACAUACGCUGCAAUAUUUAGAGUCAACGUAUCCGAAAUUUAAAGGCCAAGUUUUAAUGAUUUGUUGCAAUCCUCAAAUACUUAAUAAUUCGUGUCUUUUGGUUUCAAAUCGAGCUCACGAUUUGGCGAUGAGACAAAUUAAAUAUCUGGCUACGAUAGAAGAUCAACAAGAAUUCGAGACUUAUCUAAAAGAAGAGGAUGUUUUGUUACUCGCUGAACACCUUAAACAAUCAAAAUAUUCGACGCAAAUGUUGAAGCUACCUUUCGGAGAUAUGAUUUCAAAAUGGUAUCAAACACCUUUAUCGCCCAACGAACGUAAAACUCUUAGUUUUGACAGACUGAAGUUACUCACCGCAGAUAAACAAUGGUUUUUUACUCAUGUAAAAUACAAAUGUUGUCAAGAUGACGAUUCUUUGAAUCCAAUAUUGGCUCGUUUACUUGGACAUCUUCCUUUGGAAGAUGUGUUUAGCAUUAUGAAAAGUCAAAAUUUCAAUAACAAGAUUAUCUGUGAUUGUUUUAUCGUUGGAGCUGAACUUACACUUCAAAAUCGUAAAUUAGAUGCCGAACAAGCUCACGGAACACCCUCAGGAUUAUAUUUAGCUUCUAGGUUGGCGACGUUUCGACAUCUAGAACAUCUGAAAUUAUUGCUACCUCGAACUCAUCAAGUUUACUUGCCAGUUAAAAGAGAACCAUCUAAAAAAGAAACCCAAUACAGCCAACGAAUGGAUAACUUAUUCGCAGAUAAAGAAUUCAACGAUACAAUAUUAUGUCUGAUAACCGCCAUCGAUCAGUACAUUUCAACUGCUGCGAAACUCCAGAUCGAUUUAGACUCGGACGAAUCGCUGAAAUUACUCGCCGAUUUUCCAGUUCUCAGUUUAGAAUUGGUUCAUUGGAUGAUCAAAAACAACAAAAUGUGGUCAAAAACUAUCGUCAUGUCUGCUUUGAAAUGCUGUACUUCGAUAUUAAGUGAUAGGAUGAUUCUGAAGUUAUUGACGCAUUCUCAAAUGGGAUCAAUAAUUUCAUGCGUGUACGAACUAAUUGAACGAUAUCAGAAUGAAGUCAUCAAAGUGUCCCUGAAUUCUCUUUUACAAGAAUUGAAAACUCACGAAAACUGGGAUAUAAUACAUUCUAGUCAUUUAUUAUCGACGUUGAUCGAUUACUUCAUCAAUAAAUUACUCAUUCCUACGGAUGAGUCUAAUUCGUUCGGUUCUCUCGUCAAGCAACUCCUGAUAGUACUUAGUCAAUCAACUUCGGUAUAUAAUUACCUCAGAAUACCAUUGGAAGUUUGGAGACAUGUUUCUAUCGAUGACGUUACCGUUGGAAGUUGCAUUUCUUUGAAUAGUUUGCCAGAAAGCUUCUUGCAAGAUAGAGAAAUUAUGCAGAAUUUUGUUUCAAGACUGACGCUGAUUGGUUGGAAUAACCGGUUACAAUUCGAAGAAUGUUGGAUGUCUUUGUUAGUGGCUCUUAAUUCGAUACCAGAGCACGAGUCUUCCGAAGAAGAAGUGCUUGCUUUAUCUCAGAUUAAUUCGAUGGCUGUGAAUUCGAUUACCUCUUUAUUAGUUCAAACAAUGUAUCAUCCUAUCCCUGGUAAUAAAAUUUCACCGAAUGUCUUUCAUGUAUCAAGAAAUAAGUAUUGUGAUGAUGUCGAAUGCAGAUGGAGGCAAAAAUUGGAAGUAUUGAAUAACGUUUUACUUGCUAAAACAAACAUGUGCAAUGGAAAGUUACCCGCGUUAUGUAAAAGUGUGAAUAUCAAUAUUGAAAGGAUUCAUAAUGAAAAUUUAUACGGUUUCAAUCAAAUUUCAAUAGAGUAUUUAACGUUCAGUUGUACUAAUAGUUUCAACAACGAAGAAGAUGUUCCAGUUUCGUAUCAUUUUCAAAGUUUACGUUCGCAAUACAAAAACAGAUCAGUUGUCAUGAAGAAUCUAGGAAUCGAUACGAACUCCUGCAUUUACUUUUUAAUGGAGUUUUAUAGCAGAUGGCUCAUGAAACCGGAUAAUCAGUCGGUUGAAGUGUUAAUUGAAAUAUUGAACUCGAUGCUCGCCAUAUCAGAUUUAUUCACCGAAUUGUCGCAAUUCACGUGGCUUCUAGAAUCCGGAGUACUGCUCUGGAAAAAGUAUUCUAGAGAUGAUGACGCUGUGUGCGCUUAUUUAACCAUUAUUAUUUGUAAAUCGUCUUCGAUUGCUACUCCGGAAGAUUCAGAUUCGCAGAAACUGAUAAUUCGAAUUCUCAAAUCUGGGCUGAAUAGUACUCGAAAAAUCGUACAAAGAGCUGCGUUACACGGAUUAUUAUAUUUGCUCGAGAGUAUUUUCAAAAAAGAUGUUUUGGAAAAAAAUGAAGUCAUUUCGGGAGAGUACAAAGAUGGAAUUUUAUCAGCUUCAAUUUUAUUUGUUUUGGAAAAUCUUGAUAUUGAAUUGGCCGAAAAAUUUAGUUCGGAUAUUGUGAGCUGUGUGAUAUCAAUCGCGUUCUAUUUGAUUGAAAAUAAAGCUUGCGGUGAUAAUUCCGAUAUCGUCGUCGAUCGUUUGUGUAAACUUUCCGUAAGAGCUUGUAAACUGAAAAAAUGGAAGGUUCAUUUAACAAUUAUGCAGGGAUUUUAUAAUUUAAUUUUAUACGAAAACGAAACCAUCAAAAAAAGCGAUUCGUUGAUGCAGCUGGUUAAAGAAAUUUUCUCACUGUCGGAAUGCACCGUUUCAGUAUCGGUUAUUAGUUUACAAAUUUUAGUAUCGAUCAUGUAUUCAUCAGGAGAUUUCGAAGAUACUCGUAAUACCGAAGAAUCCAGUGAUAUGGCAUUUGAUACUGAAAACCUGGUGAAGAGGAUUGAGAAAUUAUCGAUAUUUUUCGAAAGAAUUAAAAAGAGCAGUAAGCAAGAGACGCAAGUGAUUUGCGCUAUUUUACCGCAAAUCAUCAGCGAUUUCUUCUCUGUUUCCGAAGUAUUGAAUAAAGUCAUUCUAGAGUUCCUAUCACCCAAUCACCCUCAUACCGAGCUUAUGGCUGAUGUUGUGUUUCAAGUCUUUCAAAAUGCUAUACAACAAUCUCAUUUGAAAUUGAUUCAAGAUUGGGUUUUAUCACUGCUGAAUAAUUUUUCAAAAUAUUCCUUACCCACGGCGGUGUUUUAUUUGAAUUGUUUCUUCAUUAGUGCCAGCACCAAUCCUUGGCUAAUUGCACUAUAUCCAUUUGUUACUCGUAGAAAUGGUUAUUUGGAAUACGAAGAUAGAAAAAUAGUCAAUAUUGCUGCUAAACAGUUUCAUUCGCAGUUGAGUGACGAAAAUCAGAAGACAACUUUCCUCGCAACAUUCCAGUCUGCCGAAAAGAUUCAUCCAGAUAGUCCAUUUUCGGAAAUCAUUAAGAUCAUUUCAUGAUGUAAAAUUUUAUUCAUACCAUCGUGUCUACAUUUUUUAACAGUGUAGAUUUUAGCUACGUAUUUCUUAAAAUAAUUUUUUGAGCUGUUUUUUUUUUGUAGAGUGAUCGGUGUUCAUUUUUUGAUGUUUGUUUUGUAAUCAGAAUUAAGUUUAGUUGUUCAAUUUAUUAUUUUAUACGAAGCACAUGUGCACAAGUUUUAAACGUUUUGUAACCAACGACAAUCUUUUUGUUUUAAUAGUGAGCUACUCGUGUUU